AUGUUCUGGCUGGCCCAGGCAGCUCCUCACCACAAUCAUCACCACUCUUCCGAUACCGAUGUUGGAUCACACCACAACAACUCAUCAACCCUUGUCCCAGGGAAACAUUUUGAUCGAGUCGUGAUCAUUGUUUUCGAGAACAAAGAUUAUAGCACGGCCAUGAAAAACAAGUAUCUCAAGUCAUUGCCCAGUCGUCAUAAUGGCGUUUUGCUUACAAAUUACCAUGGUACAUCCCAUCCUUCACAGCCCAAUUACAUAGCAAUGAUCAGUGGCUCGACCAAGGGCACUAAAGAGGAUGAUGAAUCCAACUUUGACCGAGAUACGAUUGUUGACUUGUUGGAGAGGAAGCAAAUCUCCUGGAAGACCUAUCAAGAAGAUUAUCCUGGUGGAUGCAAUAGCCAUAUGGAUAUCGAUAACUAUGCACGCAAGCAUAACCCAUUCAUCUCGUUCAAGAAUAUUCGCAACAACAAGAAGCGUUGCGCCAACAUUGUCAAUGCUGAUCAACUUGACAAGGAUAUCAAGGACGACAAAGUCCCGCAAUACGUGUAUUAUACACCCAACCUCAAGAAUGAUGCACAUGACACUGACAUGGACUAUGGUGCAAAGUGGCUCAAAAAGUUCCUUGAACCACGUAUCAAGAAAUCAGCCUUCAGCAAGAACACGAUGUUUGUUGUGACCUUUGAUGAGGAUGACAGCAAUACCAAAAGCAACCGUGUUUAUGCAGCUCUUUUUGGCCCCGACUUUAAACGCUCUAGCAAAUCUCGCAAGGAUCAUAAGAAAUACGACCACUACUCGCUUCUUCGUACCAUCGAAAACAACUGGGAUCUCGGUGAUUUGGAUCAACAUGAUAAAGACGCAGUUGGCUUUGAUCUUUGA